CGCCGGGCGCCCGCGAGGCGCGAGCCGUAUGUGCAUCCUCAACUUUGCGGCCGCCGGGGGCGCGGCUCCCGCGUGCGUGUGCGAGUGUGCCUGUCACCGGCGGCCUCCUGGGGGCAGCAGCGGAAAGGGGGACGCAGAGAAAGGCAGCCUCGGCGCACCGAGGCCAGGGAGGCAGAGGCCUCUCGCGGCGCCGGCUCUAGAGACCUAAACUCCGCCGGAGCUGUGCCCAGGGCGCGUCUGAGCGUCGCCGCCUUCACCCUCCCAGCAGCAGCGGGGACUCGCGUUAGGAUUGCGAUUCCUUUCGCCUGCCGAGCGGUAGCGGCGGUGUCUGCGGGCAGAGGAGCGGCGGCCGUGGCAGCAGCAUCCCCAGCCCGGGCGGGACCAUUGAGCGCCGGAGCCGGCGGCUGGAGGCAGGAAGGGAGGGUUGUGGCGCUCGACCUGGGCGCGUUCCCGGCGCCUGCUCUCCGCCGCUGGCCCUGUCCCGGGCGCCCGGUGCGUGUCUCGAACAAUGGUGCGGAGCGCCGGCGCGAGCCCCGCGCCCGCCCAGCGGCCGUAGAGGAAGUGGCUGGGCUCUCGGCGAGGUGGGCAGGGAGACGUCCCCCGCCACUCGCUCGCUGGAGUUUGCCUGCGUGUCCGGCCUCUCCAGCCCCGACCCCGGGGAUUCCCUGGGAUCACCGACGGAGCUCAAUUCCGAGAGUAUGGUGCCAGCGCCCGGGCUAAUCUAGUCCUCUCUACUCGCUCCUUUUUCCCUCCUCCUCCUCCCUCUCCUCUCCCUCCUCCCUUCCCUCGGGUCGGCGCUGCCUCUGGAUUCCCGGCGUGUGAGAGUACAACUCUGCCUCUCCAAGGAGAACUGGUUGUGACCACUGAACAGAACUUGCCCAUUGAAAGCAAACCCAGAACAGCUGGAUAAUGUCCACCCCGAGCCGAUUCAAGAAGGACAAAGAGAUCAUAGCCGAGUAUGAAAGUCAAGUCAAAGAAAUUCGAGCUCAACUGGUAGAACAACAAAAAUGCCUGGAGCAGCAAACGGAGAUGCGAGUUCAGCUUCUCCAGGACCUACAAGAUUUCUUCCGAAAAAAAGCUGAAAUUGAGACGGAAUAUUCCCGGAAUCUAGAGAAAUUAGCAGAAAGGUUCAUGGCAAAAACGAGAAGCACUAAGGAUCAUCAACAAUACAAGAAAGACCAGAACCUGUUGUCUCCAGUGAACUGCUGGUAUUUGCUCCUGAACCAAGUAAGGAGAGAAAGCAAAGACCAUGCAACCUUGAGUGACAUCUAUCUGAACAAUGUGAUUAUGCGGUUCAUGCAGAUAAGUGAGGAUUCUACCAGGAUGUUUAAAAAGAGCAAAGAGAUUGCAUUCCAACUUCAUGAGGAUUUAAUGAAGGUUCUUAAUGAGCUUUAUACGGUGAUGAAAACAUACCAUAUGUAUCAUGCAGAGAGCAUCAGUGCAGAGAGCAAGCUGAAAGAGGCUGAAAAACAAGAGGAAAAGCAAAUUGGAAGAUCUGGUGAUCCAGUCUUCCAUAUUCGACUAGAGGAGAGACAUCAACGGCGAAGCUCUGUAAAGAAAAUUGAAAAAAUGAAAGAAAAAAGACAAGCAAAAUAUUCGGAAAAUAAGCUAAAAUCAAUUAAGGCACGGAACGAAUAUCUCCUAACACUUGAAGCCACCAAUGCCUCAGUUUUCAAGUAUUAUAUUCAUGAUCUUUCUGAUUUAAUUGAUUGCUGUGAUCUUGGCUACCACGCAAGUCUGAAUAGAGCCCUCAGAACAUAUCUCUCUGCGGAGUACAACCUUGAAACCUCCAGACAUGAGGGCUUAGACAUUAUUGAGAAUGCAGUUGAUAAUUUAGAGCCCCGGAGUGAUAAGCAGAGAUUCAUGGAGAUGUACCCUGCUGCGUUCUGUCCACCAAUGAAGUUUGAGUUUCAGUCUCACAUGGGUGAUGAGGUGUGCCAGGUCAGUGCCCAGCAACCAGUCCAGGCAGAGCUCAUGCUCAGGUACCAACAGUUGCAGUCCCGCCUCGCCACGCUCAAAAUCGAGAAUGAAGAGGUUAAGAAAACGACUGAAGCCACCUUGCAGACAAUACAAGAUAUGGUCACCAUCGAGGACUAUGAUGUUUCUGAAUGCUUCCAGCACAGUCGCUCCACAGAAUCUGUGAAGUCCACUGUCUCUGAAACCUACCUGAGUAAACCCAGCAUCGCCAAGAGAAGAGCCAACCAGCAGGAAACCGAACAAUUCUACUUCAUGAAACUCAGAGAAUAUUUGGAAGGCAGUAAUCUCAUCACGAAACUUCAAGCCAAACAUGACUUGCUGCAGAGGACUCUGGGAGAAGGUCAUAGAGCUGAAUAUAUGACUACAAGGCCUCCAAAUGUUCCCCCUAAGCCCCAGAAACACAGGAAGUCCAGGCCCCGCUCACAGUAUAAUACUAAGUUGUUUAAUGGGGAUUUGGAAACAUUCGUCAAGGACUCAGGACAGGUUAUUCCCCUCAUCGUGGAAAGCUGUAUUCGGUUCAUCAAUCUCUAUGGUCUUCAGCAUCAGGGGAUUUUCAGAGUGUCUGGUUCCCAGGUGGAAGUCAAUGAUAUUAAAAAUUCAUUUGAGAGAGGUGAAAAUCCUUUGGCUGAUGACCAGAGUAACCAUGAUAUUAACUCAGUUGCUGGCGUUCUGAAGCUUUAUUUCCGUGGGCUGGAAAACCCCCUCUUUCCUAAGGAAAGAUUUAAUGAUCUGAUUUCUUGUAUCAGAAUAGAUAAUCUCUAUGAGAGGGCGCUUCACAUCCGCAAACUCCUCCUGACUUUGCCCAGGUCGGUCCUUAUAGUGAUGAGAUACCUCUUUGCCUUCCUCAAUCAUCUAUCACAGUACAGCGAUGAGAAUAUGAUGGACCCUUAUAACCUGGCCAUUUGCUUUGGCCCAACAUUGAUGCCUGUCCCAGAAAUACAGGAUCAAGUGUCUUGCCAAGCACAUGUGAAUGAAAUUAUCAAAACCAUCAUCAUCCACCAUGAGACUAUUUUCCCAGAUGCUAAAGAGCUGGACGGCCCUGUUUAUGAGAAAUGUAUGGCUGGAGAUGACUAUUGCGACAGCCCAUACAGUGAGCACGGUACAUUGGAGGAAGUGGACCAAGAUGCUGGUACAGAGCCCCACACAAGCGAAGAUGAAUGUGAGCCAAUAGAAGCAAUAGCCAAGUUUGACUAUGUUGGGCGGUCCGCCAGAGAACUAUCCUUCAAGAAGGGUGCCUCCCUGCUGCUGUAUCACCGCGCAUCUGAGGACUGGUGGGAAGGCAGGCACAACGGGAUUGACGGGCUGGUGCCUCACCAGUAUAUAGUGGUGCAGGAUAUGGAUGAUACGUUUUCAGACACUCUGAGCCAAAAAGCCGACAGUGAGGCCAGCAGUGGGCCAGUCACAGAAGACAAGUCCUCAUCCAAGGACAUGAACUCUCCGACAGACCGUCAUCCUGACGGCUAUUUAGCCAGGCAAAGAAAAAGAGGAGAGCCACCCCCUCCAGUAAGGCGUCCUGGCAGGACCAGUGAUGGCCAUUGCCCGCUCCACCCUCCACAUGCCCUUUCCAACUCCUCAGUUGACCUGGGGUCCCCCAGCCUCGCCAGUCACCCCCGGGGCCUGCUGCAGAACCGUGGCCUCAACAAUGACAGUCCUGAGCGGAGGCGCAGGCCUGGCCAUGGCAGCCUGACCAACAUCAGCCGGCACGACUCCCUCAAGAAGAUUGACAGCCCUCCCAUUAGAAGGUCCACGUCAUCAGGGCAAUACACAGGCUUCAAUGACCACAAGCCAUUGGACCCAGAGACAAUUGCUCAGGAUAUUGAAGAAACGAUGAACACAGCUUUGAAUGAACUCCGAGAACUGGAGAGACAGAGCACAGCAAAGCAUGCCCCUGAUGUGGUGCUGGAUACCCUGGAGCAAGUGAAAAACUCUCCCACCCCUGCCACUUCCACGGAAUCUCUCAGCCCUUUGCACAACGUUGCCCUCAGGAGCUCCGAGCCUCAGAUUCGACGUAGCACUAGCUCCUCCAGUGACACAAUGAGUACUUUCAAGCCUAUGGUGGCACCCAGAAUGGGUGUGCAGCUGAAGCCUCCAGCCCUUAGGCCAAAACCUGCUGUUCUUCCAAAAACAAAUCCUACCAUAGGACCUGCCCCGCCUCCCCAGGGUCCAACAGACAAGUCUUGCACGAUGUAAAAACCAGCCAAGCAAGGCCAUAAAGGGAGGUGACUUUAAAAAAAAAAAAAAAAUAACGGAUUAGUGACAAAAUCAUUGAUCCAUAACUUUCCUUAGUUUUGUGCUUAUAACUGGAGAUCUUUUGGCUUUUCUAUGUUGUCGAAUGUAAUGUCUGAGACUAGCUAAAUUAACACGGGCAUUUGUAUUUUGUAAUUUUUUAAAAUAACUGGACAUAUGUCAUUUUAAGGACAAUAGAAACACUUAGACUUACUUGAAAAUCCAAUGCUGCACCACUUGUAAUGAAGGCAACACCGCUCUCCACAUCGUACAGAGCUUCAGGUUUAGUGUAGCCCAGGUGAGUCAGAAAGGUUGUGACCUGAAGGCAGAAGAACCCGAAUUCCACACCUCACUGGAGUAGAGCCAGUGUUGGUCUGUGGCACUUGGGCUGAAAGGUGAUAAUGGCGUUGCCUGGUAGCUGACAAUGAGCACCUUCGAUUCCACGUGGAGUGGGGUUUAGCUCAUGCAAAAGACUUGCAGUUGUCUCCAUGGGACGAUCCCAGCGGGACUGUCAGUCCGCAGCUCGAGUGGGUUGGAUGCUUGCCUCUUUCCUAACAGUUAUUUCCCAGGGUCCAGCUUAAAGACUCGAUGGAAUUGGGUCGAACCUCUGCUGUUACUGCUUGAACAUAACCUGGGAAAGGAGAGGAAGACACCAUCUCCAAAGCUAUUAAUGUCACUCCUUUUGUGAGCAUGAUUAGGCCUCGGAGAUUUCCAAGUCCCUCCCCUACACUUACAAACGACUAGAAGGGUUUCAUUUUAAAGACUUUCUGGUUACAGUACUCCACGAACUCCUCCAAAGAUUCAUUGUUCAAUAACUGCCUAGAAAAUGUUUCUAUCUCCCCAAAUCCCUGUGUUCUCCUCUGUGGAAAUGGAGGCAGCAAGAAGCACCUGAGGCCUUGGUUCAUGCAGUGUUCUCUUUUGACUAAAUCACCUAGGUUCCUUUAAACAUGCUGCAAAGCCCAGGCAUGGUGGUGCACACUGUAGUCCCAGCUACUCAGGUGGUUUACACAGGAGGAUGGCUUUGGGCCUAGUAGUUCGAAUCCAGCCUGGGCAGCAUAGUGUGAGACCCUGUCUCUUCAAAAAAAAAAAUGCCCCAAAGACCUGAUGAUCCUAAAUUUGAAAUCCCAACUGUUCUCUCCAUUUGUCUUUGAGCCAACUCCAAACUGGCCCUGGUACCUGAGUGAGAGCCACGCAGGGCCAUCAGCAAAAGAUGACCUUGUAGUUCUCACCCAAUUGUGUACCUCACAACCACAACUUCUUUUUCUCUGUCCCUUUUCCCUUUUUUGUUUUCGUUUUUGUAUGUGGUCUUUAUAUCACUCCCAUAGUCAGCAGAAGUCUCAAUUGGAGACGCUCUUUCUCUGGCAUCCUAGCACACAGACAAUUUUUAAGCCUAUAUUUAUGCUAUAUCUUCCCCCUAUCUUAAGAAAAUUUGCUUUGAAUUCCAUUCUCCUACUAGCAGCAGCUGAUAUCACCUGUAGACCUGUGAGCAUUUUAUCGACUCUAUCAUUGAAGUUACUGAUAUUUUUGUUGUUGUUGUUGUUGUUGUUGUUGAGAAAAAUGGAUUUCCCAGAACUAAUCUCUCUGGCCCACCAUUAAUUUCCUUCUUGGUUUCAUUUCAAACUGGCAGCCAAUUGCACGCACACCUAAGAGCUACACAGUGUAGAUUUUACUUCAUCAGCCCAUUGGUGAAUGCAUCGUGCAGAAAUGAAUUGGGAUCUGUACUUAAAUCAAGAUCAUUACUUUGAUCUCUACCUCAGUUUGCCCAUCUAGUCAUUCUAUUGCAGGAAGAGGUUAAAUCGAUGAGAUACUGUUACCUUCCAAAGUCACACUGCUGAUUGCUUGCCUGUGGCCUGAUUUCACAAAUGAAUAGUGAUUUUUUUUCCCAUGUAUUUCUAGGUAUGGUGAACUUUUAAACCUCCAAAUUUUCAGAGCCAUACUUUUUGCCCAUUUUGAAAAAGAAGCCCAGGACAGUACCUUGUCCAGCCCCUCCCCGUUUCCCCCGAGCUUUUUGGGUCCUUCAGCACCCUUGGACACCAUGGAGAUCCAGCCGGGACUGAGCUUUGAAUAGCACUAGCCCUUUUAAACAAUCCUUACGAAUUCCUUAGGAAGUUUAAACUUUCCUAAAUAAUCCCCCCCUUUUUUUUUUUUUUUUUUUUUUUUUUUUUUUUUUUUGAGUUGGAGUCUUGCUCUGUCACCCGGGCCAGAGUACAGUGGUGCAAUCUCUGCUCACUGCAACCUCUGCUCACUGUAACCUCCAUCUCCUGGGUUCAAGCAGUUCUCCUGAGUAGCUGGGAUUAUAGGUGCCGCCACCAUGCCCAGCUAAUUUUUGUAUUUUUAGUAGAGACGGGGUUUCACCAUGUUGGCCAGACUGGUCUCAAACUCCUGACCUCAGGUGAUCCAAUGGCCUCAGCCUCCAAAAGUGCUGGGAUUACAAUGUGAGCCACCAUGCCCGGCCAUUCCCCCACUUCUUUAAAAUAGUAAGAAUUCUUAAAAACCAUAUUCCUUGCUUGAUGGAAGAGUAAGAUGUUAACAGAGGGCAUCAAAGGGCCAGAGGUGUCUUUGAAUUUAUUUUUUUUCAGUGUCUUUUCUGAGCUCUUCAGAUCUUCCUCCUGCCUGUUCAUUUAUGCAGCCUUCUAUCUGGUCAUCCUCCCCAGCAGCUCUUCUCUCUGGUGUGUCCACCUGUGGUGGAAUGAGGAUCGCCUUUCUGUGCUCCCCAUCAGGACUCUGCUGUCUUGGCGGGCAGGAGUCGUGCUGCUGCAGAGCCUCAGAGGCUGUGCCUUCUUUCAGGAAACAGCUCCUAAUACUCUCCCAUCACUCACUCUACCUGUCUCCAUCUUAUUUCCCUAUACUCCUAUUGUCACCUUGAGACUUUUUUUUUUUUUCCAAUUCCAUAUGAAGGGUAUAACCUCAGUGAGUGAGGACUCAGUAAAGAGUCACCUCUCCUUACUUGGUUUAGUAAAUGUCUUCAGAUUCCAGAGGUAAGACAAGGUGGCCACUUCACAAAGAAUCCAGAAUCAUGCUCAGUAAAGCUCAUUAAGAGCCACUGCAGCUGAGAAUGUUCACAGCCUUCUUUCCAGCGACAGAGGCAGCACACAGGGGAGGUGGGAAGACACAGGGAAACGAGAGAGAACGAGGAGAAUGAAGCCUUGAGGUGUUCUGCCCCCAGUUUCAAGGAGCUUAUCAGGUUUCAUGGGCAAUGUGGGGAGGGGGGCAUUUUGAUGGUGGGUAAAUGAUGGCUCUACAAAGAUUACCUGACUCCACUUACACAAGAAUAUGUAUUCACAGCUGAUAAAACUGUGUGUUCACAUCCCAUCCAUAGAACUCACUGAAGGAGAUUCACCAAGUCAGCCUUUUGGACGGGGUUGGGGUUUGGGGAGUGGAUUUGGGGAUAGAGAGAAAGGUACUUAGUACACAUUUUCUAAUGGGUGUUAUGUGAACUGUUUGAACCUGCUGAGUGGCGCUUUGUAGAGCUCCAUGUUCACAUUCAGUGUCAGCACCAUUCAACAGAUUAGCACAUCUUCGUACAACAUAAUCUGGCUUUGGUGUCCCUCGAGCCACCUGUAGAAUAAUUUAUGGCAGGGUCCCACAAUCUACUGCAAUGAUCGUGAACAGCUAUCAGUGGAUGUACUGCUCCAAGAGUCAAAUUGUAUCAGUUAAGGGUUUUCCAACUUUUGCUAUUCUCCCCCACCAAAAAGCGGGGGCGGUUAUAAUUUAAAGAAAAGGAAAAGGGGGGUGGGUUGGUAGUUGUGUCCUUAACAUUUAGGAAUGACAUAGCCUCUGGAGUCUACAAACUGAAGAAACUUUCAUCUGAUCAGCCUUGGAAAUCCAGUUAAAGAGCCUAUGGGUCUCUUGAGGGGGAGUUAGAGGAUUCAAAUUUGGGAUGAUGCUCAUUGAUUCCUGACCAUAGCAGUGAGAGGCCAUUUUUUGUGCAGGAAAUGUGGGACUCAGUCUUGUUUUCGAUUAUCCACCACAGAAACCCUGAGACACAGAGCAGCUUAGAAGGCUCUACCCAUGCGUAAACAGAGCUCCCUACUCCAGACCACCUGCCACCCACCUCCCAAGCUGAGAACACAAGCUCCAGCUGGGCUGGAGAGUCAGGCUUGGUGCAGGGUGACUUUAGCGAAGUUUUGUCAGAUCCACAAAGCAAACUGGAAUUUGAGCUUUCACUUAACCCAGUAUACUUUCUUUAAAAAGUGAAAAGAAAAAAAAAAAAGUCUAUGUGGUAUAAUCGAGAUGGAUACCUGUGUCUUUAAAUUACGUAGGGAAUUUUGUAUGUUUAAAUAAUUGUACUGGUUUCCAUAAUGCUUAUCUUAGAAACUUUAGUAAAAGAAAAUAUAUGAACUGUGCAUUUGUGAAUGCCCCCCUUAGAGCAUUCAUCCAAGUUCAGUGUGUAGUGUGAUGGUUAUUAUAGAUAUUUAAAGUAUAGUAAGUGGCUGUGUAACAGGAGAGGCUACUGUUUACCUACGUACUGAAGGGUAACUGCUGCCCGCGUAAUUAAAUCAGUAUUGUCCUUUCCUGUCGGUUUGAUCAAUUGCAGUACCGGUAGCUUCCUGCUUGUGACUGUUACCUAAUUGUGUCAAUGUACAUCUGUAGUAUGUACAUGUGAAAGUGCCUUUCUAUUUUAGAGGAGUCUUAGCCUUGCUCUUGUACCGUUGCCCCACUCUGUGCCCCACCUCCACCUCCUCCUUCCAAUUCCUGCUGCCCACUCCAGUGUUUUGAAGCUUCCUCCCUCUCCCCCACCUUCUCCAUCCCCUCCCUCCUGUGCCUCAGUACUCAAUAGUGUCCCAUCUUGCAUCCCUGUCGGUCCUCAGACUGUCUCGUUUUCCUUGUAGAUGUGAUUGUGCCUUUCUCACCCCUGUGUCCUCCCAUCCCACUGCAUCCAUCCCCCGCUUAUGUGCUGCUGACAGCAUCACGCUCGCCCGUGCUCUGUACUGCCUCUCACCAUUUCAUUCCCUCCUCUCUGAGGUGAAAAUAAAGGGGGAUACUUUUACAGUUCUGGAAAGAAAAAAAUGUUUUGUUAAUCUGUUGUGACAAUGCACUUUUAUGUAUAGUACUGUACAUUUUGGCAUGUACCAUUACAGGCUUCAGUAUACAGUCAGGUUUGUUCUUCACGGUGUAUCUUUAUAAUAAAUAAGAUAGUUCUGGCUGC